AUGGCAGAAUGUGGGGGACAGCGGGCACGGAGCAUCCGUCCCUACCAGUCCAGCGGGCAGUACCUGUAUGCCAUGAAGGAGGACCUGGCAGAGUGGCUGAAGGAGCUCUACGACCUUGACAUCGAGGUGGGCACCUUCCUGGAGGUGCUGGAGACGGGGGCUGUGCUGUGCUCCCACGCCAACCACGUCACCCAGGUGGCCGGGGAGUUCGCCCGUGCCUGCCCCGAGGUGGCCCAGCGCCUCCACCUGCCCAUGGCCGGUGUCCCCUGCAACCUCACAGCACAGCCAGGCACCUUCCAGGCCAGGGACAACGUCUCCAACUUCAUCCAGUGGUGCAGGAAGGAGAUGGAUAUCAAAGAUGUCCUGAUGUUCGAGACAGAGGACCUGGUGCUGAGGAAGAACGAGAAGAACUUCGUGCUGUGCCUGCUGGAGCUGGCGCGCCACGCUUCCCGCUUCGGAAUGCGCGCCCCGACCCUGGUGCAGAUGGAGGAGGAGAUCGAGGAGGAGCUUCGGCAGGGGCUGGACCUGCCUCCCACUGAGCCCACCCUGCCCCGGGCCCCCAGGAGAGCACGGGACCUCAACAACCUCGACCAGAUGGUGCAGCACCUGGUGAGCCGCUGUACCUGCCCUGUGCAGUUCCCCAUGAUCAAGAUCUCCGAAGGGAAAUACCAAGUGGGGGACUCUGACACCCUCAUCUUUGUCCGGGUCCUGCGGGAGCACGUCAUGGUGCGGGUCGGGGGCGGCUGGGACACGCUGGAGCACUACCUGGACAAGCACGACCCGUGUCGCUGCACCUCGCUCUCUCACAAACAAGCCUGGAAAGCCCGGAGCCCGCAGCAGCAAGUGCAGCACGAGGUGCGGCUGUGCCCGGCCGCCCGCAGCCCCCAGCCCGCACUGCUGGUCAGCCGCUCCCAGAGCCCCCUGCCCCCUGUCACCUGGGGGGCCCGUGUCCCCCCUGGCCCCCGGUGCCCUGCCACCCCCUCGCCAGGUCGCCAGCCGGCUGCCAGCCCUCACCCGGAGCCCCGGAGGGUCCCUUCGGGCAGGAUGCGGGAGCCACCCGCUGUCGCUUUGGGGAGGCAGCCGCCACCAUCCCGCUCACCUGCUCGGUCCAGCUCCCCUGGGCACGGGGCGAGGGGCCGGGCAGCCACCCCUUCCCGGCUGAGCCUCCCGAACGGCGCGGGGGUGCCCCGGGCACCGCAGGGCACCGGCCCGGGGAAACCCAUCCCUGCGGCACCGGCACGGGGCGGGUCCGCGGCGCCCGGCCCACGGACGGCACCGGCACCUCCGAGAAGCGCCCAGCAAGGAGGAAAAUCAUCUGGGCUGGCUGCCAGGCCACAGGAAACGGGGACACCCACCACAGCGACACACCGAGCCCCCAGCCCCUUAAAGGUCCGUGCCCCCAGUCCCCUAAAGGUCUGCGCCCCCUCCUCGCACCGGGAUGCUCCGGGAGACUCCCAGAGCCUGAAGAGCCCACGGGAAGGGCGGCAGGGAGCCCUUGGCCGGGGCCGACAGCCCUCACCCCGAAAUUCCUGCAGCCAACCCCCGAAACCGGACAGCGGCGUUAAAUCCCCCACCAAAGCCAGCCCGGCCGCCCCCCGGCCCCCCACCCCCCUGGGGCGCUCUGCAGGGGGGUGCAAGGUCUGUGCCGCGGGGGACGGUCCCCAGGGGACACGGCAGUGCCACCCAGCCCCGAAUACAAGGGCUGUGGGCGCUGAGGGACCUCGGGCCCCCGAGGAUGAAGCCGGGGGAGCCUGUGGCCCUGGCGAUGGGGCCGGGGGGCUCCGGGGGUGCUGCGGGAACACGCAGCCCCCCGGCUAUGACAGGGUGCUGGAGGAGCUCUCCCGCGGGCCGCAGCCGCUGCGCCCUGCGGGGAUGUGGAGCCAGGUCCCCAAAAGCCCCGCAGGAGCGGCCCCGCAGCUCGCAGCCCCGGGGGAGGCAGAGCGGCCGGGGGUGGGGGGCCAGACCCCGCGGGCACCCCGGGCCAACAACGCCGCCAAGCCCCGGCGGUGCCUGAAGAAGCCCGAGCGUGUGCCCUCCAUCUACAAGCUCAAGCUGCGGCCCAAGGUGCGUCCCCGGCGGGACCACAGGCCGGGCAAGCGGCCCUCCCGCAUCCCCACCCCGCUGGGGCAUCGCCCCCCUGCCCCCCGGGGCCAGCACCGACCCCCGGCGCCCCCCCGAGCCCCCCAGGCCGGCAGCACACGCCCCACGGCCAAGCCGCCCCUGGCUGACAGCGGCACCUGGCUGACCGAGGAUGAUGAGGAGUCGUGGGUCUGA